CAGCUGUCAGUACCAUUUUCCAUUUGGCUUCUGCAGAAUGUAACACAAAAACAGUACCGCUACACCGAAAGUCAAAAACAAAAUUAACCAUUGACGCGAUGCGUUUGCGGUUUAGAGCUUUCUCUCAAAUGGGGUUCUCUAGAAAAGUUCGCACAGCAAAUAAUUAUCCAGUGAACACCCACGCAGCAAGUGAAAAAAUGGAGAAGAGCAUCUACACUAUUUUAACCCUGGACCGUUGGCACUCGCUCAAUCAUAUGGGGUAUAAAAUGGCUUCACUGAGGCCAAUUCAUGGGAAGUUAGCUCUGAAAUUUUUGAACUGGUUUAUUAAGCAACCCGGUUUAGAAUUCAGUCACAUUAUUCAUAUGUAUGGUAUAACUACCCACAUACUCGUUAGAGCUAGAAUGCAUGACUAUAUUAAGUCAAUUUUGAGGCAUUUAUCUGACAUUGGUGUUACGCCAAGUUCUGUUUUUGAGUCUCUUAUGGAUACAUAUCGUCUUUGUAGUUCGAACCCUUCUGUUUUUGAUAUUUUAAUUAGGGUUUAUGUGAGAAAAGGUGCACUUAAAGAUGCUCUUCAGAUUUUCCAUUUGAUGAGUUCUCGAGCAUUUAAACCGUCGGUUUACACUUGUAAUAUGCUCUUAGCUGCGAUGGGGAAGCAGCAGAAUGCUGAGUGUGUAUGGUCGUUUUUCAAAGAAAUGCUUGCUAAACGUGUUUGCCCUAAUGUUGGUACAUUCAAUAUACUUUUACAAGUUCUUUGUGCCAAAGGAAAGGUCGAGAGAGCGAGUUAUUUGCUUGCAAAGAUGGUAGAGAGUGGUUAUAACCCUGAUGUGGUUACUUAUAAUACUUUGCUUAAUUGGUAUUGCAAAAAGGGCAGGUAUAAAGCAGCUUUAGAAUUGAUCGAUUGCAUGAAUUCUAAGGGUCUUGAGGCUGAUGUUUGUACGUACAAUAUGUUUAUAGAUGACUUAUGUAGGAAUAAUAGGAGUUCGAAAGGUUAUUUAGUAUUGAGGAAGAUGAGGAAGAGAUUGAUUGUUCCGAAUCAUAUCACUUAUAACACUCUUAUUAACGGGUUUGUGAAAGAGGGUAAGAUUGAUGUUGCAAUGAAGAUUUUUCAUGAGAUGCUGACAUUAAAUCUUUCACCAAAUUGUAUCACUUUCAAUGCUUUGAUUGAUGGGCAUUGUCGAGCAGGAAAUCUUAAAGAGGCUCAAGAAAUGCUGAAUGAAAUGGAGCUAAGAGGUUUAACGCCCAAUGAAGUUAGUUAUGGGGCUCUCUUGAACGGUUUCUGCAAGCAUGGCAUAUUAGAUUCUGCAAGAAAUAUCCUCAAGAAGAUGAAGUUUGAUGGAUUAUCUCCUAAUCAUAUUGCAUAUACAAUGUUAAUAGAAGGGAUGUGCAAAAUGGGGUUACUUGGAGAAGUUGUACCUUUACUUGAGGAAAUGUUUGAGAGGGGUAUAUGUCUUGAUGUUGUUGCAUACUCAGUGCUUCUAAAUGGAUUUUGUAAAGCUAGAAUGCUAAAUACAGCAAUGGAAAUAUUAAGUAAGAUGUACAGGUUUGGAGUUUUUCCAAACGAUGUGGUAUACUCUACUUUGAUCUACAACUUCUGUAAGCAGCAAGAUCCCCUAAAAGCAAUCAGAGUCUAUGCAAUGAUGCAAAAAUCAGGCCAUAUUCCUAACACUUUCAUAUGCAACUCACUAAUAUCUUCUCUUUGUACAUGUGGAAGAGUAAGAGAGGCAGAGGAUUUCAUGCGUCACAUGCAUAAGAUUGGUCUUGUUCCCAGUUCUAUUGCUUUUACUUCUGUUAUUGAUUGCUACGGAAGUGUAGGUGAAGGGUUAAAAGCACUAUCCUGGUUUGACGAAAUGAUUAACUUGGGUAGUCAGCCUAGCUUGUACACCUAUGCAAGCUUACUUAAGGGAAUAUGCAGAGGAGGAAACCUUACAGAGGCACUUGGAUUUUUUGAUAGACUCCGUGGAAUUUGCUGUGCUACAGAUGUUGUUGUCUACAACUCAUUGCUGGCUGAGCUCUGUAAGUUAGGCCACUUCCACAUGGCAUUAAUCCUUAUUGAUGAGAUGGUUCAGAAUAACGUGCUCCCUGAUAGUCAUACAUACACCAAUCUCCUAGCUGGCUUGUGUGGGAAGGAUAAGUUGGUUGCUGCAAUUCUUCUGUUGGGAAGAGCAUUAAAUAGAGGAAACCCCUCUUCAAACCAGGUCAUGUAUACGUGUAUCAUUGAUGGUCUUUUCAAGAGUGGCUUGCCUAAGGUUGCCCAUUACUUCUAUGAUGAGAUGACAAGGAGUGGACUUACCCCAGAUACAGUGGCACUGAAUGUGAUGAUGGAUGGUUACACAAAACAUGGUCAAAUGGAUAAGGUUAGCAGUUUCAUUUCUACAAUGAGACAGAGAAAUCAAAUGCCUUCCUUGGCUACAUACAAUAUUCUAUUACGAGGCUACUCGAGACAGAAAAACAUAUCUGAGUGCUCUAAGUUAUAUCAGUCACUUAGAAAAAAAGGUUUUGCUCCAGAUAAAUUAACAUGCCAUUAUGUGAUUCGUGGACUCUGUGAGUCGAGCCUGCUGGAUAUUGGAGUUAAGUUUAUGAUAAAGAUUAUUGUGGGAGGAACAGUGGCAGAUAAAUUCACAUUCAACAUGAUUAUCAGUAAAUAUAGUGAAAGGGGUGAGAUGAAGAAGGCCCUUGAUCUACUUACUUUAAUGACUGCCGUUGGUGUUUCUCCUGAUGGAGACACUUACAACUCAAUAUUUAAGGGACUGAAAAGAACAUUGGACUUCGAAAAUUCACGUCGUCUCUUGCAUAAAAUGUUCGAAGAGGGUUUCAUCCCAAUUGACAGACAAUAUAGUAAUCUAAUCACUAGUAUGUGUAAAGUUGGAGAUGUAAAAGGAGCAUUCAAAGUAAAAGAUGAAAUGGAGUUGUUAGGUGUUAGUUCCCGUAAUGUAGCUGAGGGUGCGAUUAUACGGGGGCUUGUGCAUCGUGGGAAGAUGGAGGAAGCAAUGCUGGUACUUGAAUGUAUGCUUCGGGUGCAUCUAAUUCCAACUGUUGCCACGUUCACAACUGUUAUGCAUGGACUUUGCAAAAGUUCUAAGGUCUCUGAGGCCUUAAAAUUGAAAGCGACAAUGGACCUUCAUGGUGCAAAGCCAGAUGUUAUUGUUUACAAUGUCCUGAUAACAGGCCUUUGUGCUGGUGGCUGUAUUGAUCAUGCGUUUGAUCUCUAUGAGGAGCUGAAAGAGAGGAGUCUGUGUCCCAAUGUUACAACUUUUACAGUUCUUGUCAAUGCCGUCUGUUCUGCAAACGAUCUUGCAAAGGGUGAAAGUCUUCUAAGUGAUCUGCAAGAGAGAGGAUUGGCAGGUGAAUAUUCAAGCACCGAAGCCUUAUGUGAAAGAUUGACAGUCGUGAGAGAGAAGCUAAAUGCUUUAAGAAAGAAGAAAAAGAAAAGAAGAUAAGUAUUGCUGUAGAAAGACGAAAAGCUGAUCAAUUUAACACUGGGAACAUUUAUCUUGCUUGCUGGAGAUAAGGUCUCCAUGGCGGUCGGUCUCUAACUUAAACCAGCUUCAAUAAUUGAAAUCAGGCUAUCUGUUACAUCUGCAGCUUGAACUUUGGUCGCUUCUACCUUUUGAAGGCUAUUUCUGCGUUUGAUAUCCUUUAAGAUAUCCGUCAUACAAGGUGGUUAUAAGAAUUAUUCUGCAGUUCACGAGGUGGUGUACUGUAUACCGACACUGAUCUGUCAGAAUAGCUUAAGUGCUCACAACAGGUGAAUAUUGUGGCUAGGUUAGCCGAAAGAUGGUUAUCGGUUCAAGAACGUAAGGUGUCCCUGCUUUGUCAGGGUAAGAAGGGGUAGAGAAAAUGCCUUGAGCCAAUGUUCGAAUACCAGGCGCUACGGCGCUGAAGUAACCCAUGCCAUACUCCCAGGAAAAGCUGGAACGACUUUGAGUUGAAAUCUUGCAUAAAUCACAGCGGAGCUUCAGCAUUACUAUAAAGAAGGCCAAUUGUGAAACAUAGGUGCUGUUCUCCGACUCUCUGCUAAAGUUCGAACAAAUCCUGCAUCCACUGACUUUCUGAAGUAGAGAUAAGGUAUUUGACAGUUCAUUAGCAUGACAUGCUCUACUGGUGACAAGCUUUUUCUUGUAGCUCGUUUCUCAACACCUCUGUCCAAAACAUAAUAAGGAAAAAAAGGCAGGUCAUAUGGAGAUGAUGUGGAUGGAUCAUCAGGAAACCAUUUAUGGACUUAAUUACCUUGGAGACUGCAUUCUCCAGACUUUUUGAAGCCAGUUUAUAACAGAUCUCCUUUUUAAGACUGGUUGAGUAUCGGAGUAUUGGAUGCUGAGAAGUCAUGAUCUUAAAGGUCAUGAUAUACGAUCAUCAGCCCCAGCUUGUUCUCGAUUUGCAGGAAGAUGAACUCAGUAGCAAUGGCAGCUGCACUUCUCCUCAGACAGUUUACUGAGACCCCAUCAUAUCUGCAAAUUCUCAACAAGGCAGCUCGAUAUAUGGUGUACCGCAACAUCUUUAACAUAUGUAAACCUAAUAAUGAAGGCAUGCAGCUGGAUAAAGGUGUGGGUCAUCAACUUGCAGCCAUAUCUGAGGCAAUAGGAGGAAGUCUGGCGGAGAGAUAAAAUGUGAAAUGCCCAUUUGCUUUAGCUUAUUUUCUUUACUAGGUUGGCUCGGCCCGUGCCGGCACGGGCCCAACAAAGUAAGUAGACGAUAUUGUAUGCUAAUUGGUAGAUGACUAUUUACAUAUGGUUUUGAUCAAAAUAUACAUUUACAUACAUGAGAGCGUCAGAUUUAGGGA